AUGUCAGACAUCGCUGCACGCGCACAACUUAGAGUACAGGCCAAGAUGAUCCACGCCGCCGCCAGACGGCCCGCGUGCAUCAUCGUGGCAGCAUGCUGCUUGCCUGGGCCACUUCUGUGCCAAGCGCAAGGUCCCGUCUGCGACGGCAUCGCGCUUCUCCAGGUAGAGGCCGUCGUCGACAGCAGGGGCGGCCAGCCCGCCGUCGGCGCCGCGGCCUCCAACGGCGAGCUGGCGGGGAGCGCCCAGCUGGCGACGGUCGCGCAGCUGGACGCGGUUCCCGCCGCCGAGGCCAGGGCGGGCUCCGGCUGCGAGCUCGGCCGCGACCUUCUCAUCGCCUCGCUCGACCAGCCGGAGAUGCCAGGAGAGUUCGUGGAGGACGACGGGAGCUGGGCUCCGCUGCCCACUCGGCGGUCCCUCUUCAUCAAGACGGCCAUCCUGGACGAGCCGCAGCUGAAGCGGCAGUCGCUCCCGGAGCGCCACCUCACGACUGGGGGGCGCAUUAGCCAGAUACUGCCAGUGGUCGCGGUCAUGGCCCUCAGCUUCGACAAGAUGCGACAGGCGUACAGGAGGAACGUCAACAGCCAUGCCGCCGUCAACGUCAUCGAGGUUUUAGCCGCUCUGACCCUCUAUUGCGUCUCCGGCCCGGCGGUGAUCCUGUUGAACAAGCACAUAAUGAGGAAUGAACCACAAGUUCCACUUCCCGAUUCUUCUUGCCAGCUUGGGGAACGUUUUCCUCAUGAUCGUGACCCGCGCCGCUGUAGCAUUUGGGUGGAAGACGCUCGAGGUCAAGAGCCUCCCUUGGGAUAG